AUGUUCACCAAGACCUUCUCAUUACUCACCCUCGCUGCUCUCUCAGCUCAUGCCAUUGUCACUCCCACUUCACCAGAUAGCAACACCGUGGUGAAAGUAGGAGACAAGAUCGAGGCUUUGUGGACGGUCGAUUCGGUAGAUAAUUGGAAUGAUGUUACCAUCCAGUUGAUGACGGGUGAUAACUUACAGAUGGUCGCCCUCGCAACCGUUGCCGAAGGUAUUGACGGUACCACAGUAUCGUCCUAUUCUUUCGAUGCUCCUGAUGUGUCUCCUUACUCCAAGAUCUACUUCUUACAAUUCACCAAUGGCGGUGUGACAACUAACGCUACUUGGACUACCCGAUUCACCAUCGCCGGUGCUGAUGGAUCUACCACCGAGCCAGAGAACAGUACCGUCUACUCGGGUACUACCGUACAGUGGGGUACCGGUACCCUCCUCUCAUCCGUAUCAACCGACGGUUCCUCCUCUUCCAACUCCACCUCUACCGGUACCACGUCCAGCUCCAACUCAACUUCUGAAUCCAACGUAUCAACCGUCUCCGUCUCCGAUACCGCUUCAAGCACCUCCGCCUCAGCUUCUGAGUCAACUUUCACUUCUGGAACUGCUUCCGGCUCUGGGUCAAAGACUGUCGCCGCUGCUGCCGCCACAUCCGCCUCCGCUUCAUCUUCCUCGUCGUCUAGUGGGGCGAGCAGAAACCAGGUUGGUCUUGGUGCAAUCGUGUUCGCUGGAUUACUUGGUUUAGUGAUGUUAUAA